UCAGCAAGCAAUCCAGCGCAAAAACAAGCACCGUAUGCCGCUGGCUUAAUUUGUCAACGUUAUUGGCUGAGUGGAUGUUUUGGUCUUAAGGAUUUAACAAUAAAGAUCAAUAGUCACUAACUGCUCAGUGAGCGCUGUUUUUGGAUAUAAUCAUUAUUAGGAAACGUAAUUUUUACAAGAAAGCAGCAUCAUGGCUGUUCCUAGACUUUUUUUUAAUACUAGUUUACAGAACUGUAGCCUAAUGCUACUACAGAGAUUGUCCCAUGUUGGAAAGUGUAGCAGAAUUUUGCUAAAAGUUUUACGUAAAAAUAAUUAUCCGGUGCAUCAGGUAAACAAUGUAAGAAUUAGAAAACUGUCAUGGAUAUUAUCACCAUUUAUUUCAAUGGGAGUAUGGGGAUUUAUAAGGAACACAAAUAAACAAAAUAGUAAUAUUGAAACCCAGAUUUUAGGGAGAGAAAUUCUUCUUGAUAGGGCAGAUGCACUUUUUAAUCAAGGAAAUUAUAAAGAGAUAUAUGAUAUCUUAUCAAAUCAUAAGGAUAGUAAGGAUGUUGAGAUUUUAUGGCGUCUAUGCAGAGCUAUUUAUAAGAUAUCCAAAGUAGCUAGUGAUGUUGAAGCACAAAAGUUGAUUCAUGAAGGAUAUGACUUAAUAAGUACUGCACUGGACAUUCAAAAAGAUCACCAUGCUGUUCAUAAAUGGAUGGCUAUUUUCCUUGAUAGUAAAGGUAUUCUUGAAGGUACAAAAGCACAUAUAAGAGAAUUACAAAAUAUUAAAAAACAUUUGUUGGAAGCGUCAAAAUUAAAUCCAGCUGACGCAACAACAUUUUACAUGCUUGGAUGUUGGUGCUAUGAGAUUUCAAAUUUGACAUGGUAUCAACGUAAAAUAGCAUCCAUUAUAUUUGGUGAACCACCUACUUCAACCUUUGAAGAAGCAUUAAUGUACUAUGAAAAAGCUGAAAAAGUUGAUCCAAAUUUCUAUAGUCACAAUUUAUUAAUGCUAGGGAAAACAUAUCUUAAACUAAAGCGUAAGGAAGAUGCAAUAAAAUACUUGCAAAAAGUUCUUUUAUUUCCUGCAGAAAAUGAUGACGAUCAAAAAGCAAAACAAGAAGCACAGAGAAUAUUGAGUAACAUUUGUUUAUAAAAAAAAAUUUUAAUAUUUUUUAUAUCAUUUUAUCCACAGAGAAAAGACAAUAUAUUAUUUGUUUAUGUAUACAAGCAGACAUACUUUUUUGUGUAUGUACUAAAGGAAGUUAGAACUUUUUAUUCAAUAACCAAUUAUAAAAUUAUAUAUACAUCGAUAUUUUU